UUUCUUCGUAAACGUCAAACACAAAGCCUCGUAUCUAUUAAGCUACCGGCUACUUUUAAAUUGUCCCAUUCCUUCAUUAUUAUGGACCCGAAAACGAAACAAAAUGAAGUUGAAAGUUGUUUUUUUUUUAGGUUAUUGGUUAUUUUGAGCAGCGCUGAGAAUUAAAAAAAUAUUCAAUCUCAAUUUCCAACAAAAAUGGCUCAAAUAUCAGCAACAGAGCAAAAAGGAAUGCAACAAAUAGACCUCACAAGCUUAAAUAUACAACAAUUAUCCUCCUUAAAGCAGCAAUUAGAUCAAGAACUGAAUUUAUUUCAAGAAUCUCUGGGUUCGUUAAAAAUGGCUCAAGGUAAAUACCAGACUUCCGGAGAAACAUUGGAGAAAAUCGUUCAGGAUGCAGAAGGGCAGGACAUGUUAGUUCCCUUGACUGGAUCUAUGUAUGUUCCUGGUAAACUUCAUGAUACAAAAAAUGUCAUUAUAGAUGUUGGUACAAGAUACUAUGUAGAAAAGGAUAUUGAAGGAGCCAAGGAUUACUUCAACAGGAAAGUCAAAUUUGUAACAGAACAAAUGGAAAAAAUCCAGUGGUUGGGUAUGGAGAAGAGCAAAAUUAGGGACGCCAUCAUAGAAAUAGCUGAGUUGAAAGUUCAACAACAGCAGCAGCAGCAACCUCAGCAGCAGAGUUGAAUUAUUUGAAUUACCAGUCACGAUUGAUUAAUUUAUUUCUUUUUUAAUUAAUAAAUUCUGAACGAAAUUUCAAAAUUGCUUCACUUUUAUUUUAAACCAAAAUUCUUAUAAAUUUGCUUUGUUCUGAUCUGUCUAACGGAAUUUUGAAAAAAAUACAAGUCUUUUUUUAUUAGUUACUGUGCAGAAACGUUUAUUUUUAAGGUCGAUCG